AUGUCAGUCCAUAUUCAGUUUGAUCAGUCUGACUCCAGGUGCUACACGAACCUCGACUUUAUUUCCGGCACCGUUGUCCUCAUCCUCCCCAACGAUGCCACCAUUUCCGCAGUCACAGUCAAACUUGAGGGCGAGAGCCGGACUCGUCUUGCUGGACUCAAGUUCCCCGGUAACGAGCGCUCGGACAAAAAGAGAACCGAGUUAGAAGUACACAAGGUCGGUGAGAAUGCAUCAAGUCGCUCCACGGCCUGCGCUCACGGAAGGCAACAGCUGCUGUACAAAGUCGUUACCGUUUUCCCCACGCCGGAGAUUCAAGAGCGGAGCAGCGGAUCUGCGUAUACUCUAUUGGCUGGACAGUACCUCUACCCCUUCAGAUUUAAGUUUCCGAUCAAUAAUGACUGCACAAAGGCUCCUAGCCCCCUUAAAGAUAUCAAAGUCGGUCAAUUGAAUGUUCAAUUUGCGCUGGACACCACAAAACAUGUGAAGAAGACUCUGCCGCCUUCGCUAGGCGGCUUUCCCGGCGAAGCAGAAAUCAAAUACUAUGUGAAGGCAACAGUUGUGCGGCCGAAGUUCUUCCAAGAGAAUAUUCGAUCGGUGACCGAUGUCAAAUUCCUACCUAUCGAACCCCCUCGGCCCGCCGAUCGGAAUGAAGAAACCUUUGCCCGCCGCAAGAGACAGUUUCAGCGAUACCCAGCCGAUCCGCAGAAAAAGGGACUGUUUCGAAAAUCAUCCACCCCUUCAUCUGCAGGAGACGAGCCUCCGGCAUUUCAAGUGGAUGCACGUCUUCCCAGCCCCGCCAUCAUCACUUGUAACGAGCCACUCCCUCUGCGAAUACUUGUUGAGAAACUCAACGACAGUUCCGCCAGUGUCUUCCUCAGUAUGUUGCAGAUAGAGCUCAUCGGCUAUACCCAAGUAAGAGCUCAUGACUUGGAACGAACCGAAAGUAUGACAUGGAUUUUGAUGUCGCAGGCCAACAUGAACAUGCCUCUAGGCAAUCCUGCUGACAAAGGCCGUCGAGAAUGGAAACUGCCUUCUCGGUUAUGGGAUGAUCUGCCAAUACCCAACACUGUUGCUCCAUCCUUCGACACUUGCAAUAUUUCACGACGAUAUGAGCUGGAAGUCCGUGUCGGAUUGGCACAUGGCGUCGCGGGUGGCGUGCGGCCCGAGCUGAUCGUUCUCCCAUUGCGUCUACCUGUGACGGUGUACUCCGGCAUUGCUCCUCCGCCGGCACUGCUUCAAGCAAUAGCCAACAGACCACGGCCUCAACACAUACCCUCGCCGUUAUUCUCACGACCAACAGACCACAACGGAGCCUUGCUGCCACCAGAUACGCCCUCAGAUGCUCCGACCACGCCAACCUCGGAGAUAUGUUCCUCCCCAGCUCAAGUCGGUUCAUAUCAACCCCAGGGUCAAGGAGAUAUUCCCGACGUGGCUCCGCCAAGCUAUGAAGACGCCAUGGCCGAGGAAAUUGCACCUGUGGAUGGCCCAAGGCGAGACUAUCACGUACCAGCACCGACUAGAGCUCAGGAGCAUGCUUUCAACGCUGACUCGAAAGGGAGUGGGCUUGGGCGUCGCGUCAGCGAACGACUAUUUGGCAGCAAUGGGGCUGCCACUCCACUCAGGACUGUUUCUAGUCCAAGUAGCCUCCAGGGAGUCACAAUAGCAGAGAACGGCGCUGGUGGACAUCGAAGCUCGGGGUCAACCUCCUUUGCUGCCAUAGGAGCUGCUCUCAUCCCGACAAUCAUAACAGCCGGCAUAUUUUUGUUUGCAUUUCUCCUCCUUCGGUCAAAGUACAGAAAUAUAUAUGCGCCGCGUACCUACUUCCGGACACUCUCCCAGAAGGAUCGGACCCCUUCGUCAUCCAGCCACACAUUCGUGUCUUGGUACCAUGACUUUCGGGCCCUGGACGACAAAUUUAUCUUACGUCAUUCUUCAUUAGAGGCCUACCUCUUCUUGCGGUACCUUCGUAUGAUUGUUCUGAUCUGUGGGAUUGGCUGCUGCUUGACUUGGCCUAUUCUUUUCCCCGUCAAUGCUACCGGAGGUGGCGACGCUUCUCAACUUGACAAAAUAUCCUUCAGCAAUGUCCUUGAUCGCAAACGGCUCUAUGCACACGCUGUUGUGGCAUGGGUAUUCUUUGGAUUCAUCAUCUUGCUCAUCACACGCGAGAGACUUUUCGUGAUCGGUCUUCGUCGGGCCCAUCAGACAAUUCCUCUAAAUGCCACCAGACUAUCGUCCAGGAUUGUCCUGUUUUUGUCUGUUCCGCCGGGAGGUCUUCGGGAGGAUAACCUCCACCGAUACUUCGGAGAGAAUGCUGUGAGGUCCUGGGUGGUCUCGGAUCUCGGCCAUCUGGAAAGCGUCGUCAGGAAGAGAAACAGCAAAAUUGACAGUCUAGAGGAGUUGGAGCUUCAGUUGUUGAAGAAAGUCAACCUAGCCAGAGACGGUGCCCGCCAUGGCCAUACUCCGGCGAUGGAAUCUUCUGACACACAGCCGAAAGCGGUCGACGAGCGGCAUCGACCAAAGCACAGGUCAAAGUAUGUCAUCGGAAAGAAGAUUGAUAGUAUUUCACAACUACGGGAGGAAAUAAGUACGGUUGUUUCCAAUGUUGACCGAGUUCGUGACGCAGACAGCAGCGAGCCAACCAAAAGGACUGGUGCCAUUUUUGUCGAGUUCAGAGAUCAAGCCAGUGCCCACCAGGCUUUCCAGCAAGUGCGGCAUCCAUCUCCACUAAUGCUUCAACCGAAAUACAUCGGCGUUCAGCCCAAAGAAGUAAUCUGGCAAAAUCUCAAUCUUGACACAUCUCGGCGCAUCACGUACUCGUACAUUGCAAUAGGAAUUGCUAUGGCCACUGUCAUUCUUUGGUCUAUUCCUAUCGGAAUCAUUGGCACCAUCUCCAACAUCAACUAUUUGACGGACAAAUUCCCUUUCCUCCGAUUCAUCAACAAGCUCCCGGAUUUAGUCCUAGGUCUUCUUACCGGUCUUGUUCCACCCCUGCUCCUCAGCACGGUGGUAUCCUACGUCCCGCAUUUUUUCAAACACGUAGCAAUACUUUCGGGCAAGCCAACGACGACAGAAGCUGCCAGAUGGGCCCAAAUGUGGUAUUUCGUGUUCCAAGUGGUUCAAGUUUUCCUUGUCACAACCUUUUCGUCCGGGGCGGCGGCGGUAGCCAACAAAAUUGCGAAUGAACCAAUGACAGUUCCGACCCUCCUUGCAAAGAACCUCCCCAAGGCGUCAAAUUUUUACUUGACAUAUUUCGUUAUUCAGGGGCUUGGAACGGCGUCAAAGAACAUUGUCAACUAUUCAGAUCUCUUCUUGUACUUGUUUUACUACAACAUCCUGGACAAGACACCCAGACAGAAAUUCAACACUCACUCGCAGAUGAAAGGGAUCAGCUGGUUCAAUGUUUAUCCCAAAUUCACCAAUCUGGCGGUGAUUGCGAUCGCGUAUUCAUGCAUCGCUCCGUUGGUCCUGGGUUUCGCCGCAGUUGGCGUGUUUCUCUUCUACCUGAGCUAUCGAUACAACUUGUUUUACGUGAUUCAGGUGAAGGUCGAGACACGUGGAGAGAGCUACACGAGAGCCUUGCAACAUUUGAUGACUGGUGUCUAUCUUGCGGAGUUGUGUUUGAUUGGUCUUUUUGGAAUCAAGCAAGCCCCCGGCCCCUCGACUCUGAUGACGGUGCUCCUUGUGGGUACGAUCAUUCAUCACCUGACGGUAAAUCAAUACCUUGCGCCUCUGGAACACUACAUGCCAGUUGAUGUCUUGUCCGACGAGGAGAGACCGCUCCUUGGUGCCGAUGAAGAAGUCACUAGGCCUCGGAUGGAUCAGGUGGAACAAUCUCGUGUCUACAAACUUGGCGCCGGUAAAGUCCCGACAAUUUUACUCGACCCCUUGGCGACUUUUCUAGAACCACGCAUCUUUGCUUCACAAGAGGCCCUUCGCCGUUGGUUGAAAGAUCCCGAAGGAGAGUUUGAGGAGUCUCAUUCGUACAGCAAUGAACAGAUCAGGAAUGCAUAUCUGAAUCCGGCAUUGACGUCGAAGACGCCUCAAGUGUGGCUUCCCAAGGAUAGAAAGGGCAUUUCAAAACUAGAGGUCGGUGAGAACGAAAGGGCUGGACUGCCUAGCACCGAUGAAGGAGCAGAACUGAGCUCAUCCAACGAAAUUGUGUGGAAUACGGAUGAUUUCACGACUGUCCCCAUUUUCAAAGAGGCGACGAGGUACUGA